CUUGAAACAUGACAAAAGUGUUUGUUGGGUUGCUUGUUUCUCCACGUGAAUCUGUGAAUUUUGAAGGCAAUUUUCCCAGGCAAUUUUCACCAUGCUCUCCAGCUUGAUAGCCCAGCAUCAUCAGAAAAUCAUACUCUUCGUAGAUCGCAUUGGCUGGGAGGAAAAACAGUGGAAAGCUAUCUCCAGGGCUCUGCUGGAGGAUUUAAAAGCCGAGAGGAUUCAGGAGGAUUUCCUUGAGAUCACAAACCACUUUAGUGAUAUUCGUAAGAGCAUAAAUUUUGAUGAAUUGGAGGGUUUUUCCGGAGGAAACACAAGUUUUGUUCUGUCUCCUGUCGCUUCUGUCUCCAAGCAAUUUGAUCUGGAGGAUUUCUUCAAGCUCAUCUCUAAAUUCCGGUCUUGCCAGUUUGUUAGGCAUGUAGUGAUGUUUGCCACGGAGAAGUACAUCCAGGAGAGAUUCAUUGUGCCUUUCCUGGAGCAUCUGGCUGAGGAAAUCGUGACGCUGGAGGGGAAAAAUGACUUGAAGAUUGUUUCCCGGAAACCUGGAGGUUCCGUCACGAAAAAGUCUUACAGCUUCACGAUAGAGAAUCACAGGAUCUCGACCAAAGAGUCUGCAAAAGAGGAACUUCCCAGGAUUCCCGACAUAGCGGCAAAUAUUGACAAUCUCGGGACGUUCAAGAUUGCCCUGAGCGAGCAAGAUCUCCUUGCCAGGAACAGACUAAUCCUGCCCUUCGAGAAGCAUCUCCUCAAUAAAAAUCCCCAGGAACCUAGUGAAAAUCCCGCCGGAAAGGUCAUUUACUACCCAGAAGCCGACGAUGACAUUGACGAGGAAGAUCCAGAUGAAGACUUAGAACUCUGACCGUUAUUUGAUACACUUUACACGAAAGAAAAAAUCUCAAUACGAUUUUACAAGAUCAUUUUCUUCACUCCCCGGAAAAAAAGGAUCUUUUGAAAAUGUCUUUAAACAUAUUGCGUGGUAAUUUAUUUUAUUAAAUUUUAAAUGGCACUGCAAUAUUUGAGAGAUUCCCUGGGGAAAAGGGAACAGAAACUGCGGAGAAUAAAAUUUCUUACAUGUCCUAAAAAA